AUGGCCCCCCGACGACAUCGCUCUGCAUCAAACGCUGCGAAUGUAUACGCAGACGAUGCUCAGAACUCCUACGUCCAGCGGACCCAAUCGCCCGCAACACAGCGCCAGUUUGGCCUGACCCCAGCGAUCUACGAGAACAACCUGAAGGUUCUCCGGCGACGUGAACCGUCUAUCCUAUCGAUAUUUGACCAGUUCAGCCAUGUAUGUGUGUACCACUAUCAUGCAAACAAGUGGGAGAAGCAGGGUUACGAGGGGAGUAUGUUCCUCUUCGAAAAACAGACCUACCCUGCGUACGGAUUCUUCAUCCUGAACCGCGUAGGCACAGACGACUACAUCCGCCCCAUCUAUCCCGAGGACGACGUGGGAAUUGUGGGCGACUACCUCGCGUUCCGCUACUACCCCAAGUUUACACAAGUGCGGCUCGCGAUGAACCUGCCGUACCCCGUUCCACCGGAACAUCGCGCGAGCUUCGAUGCGGUGCUGCUCAAACAGUUGACUCCAGAGGAGGUGGCUGUCUCGCGUCAGGAGAGCGCGUCCACGACCAGCAAGGAAUGGAAGGGCACCUCUGUCACCAUCGGGCUCUGGAUGUUUGCGACGGAUGCAAGGGAACCCCUGAAAGAUGUUAUGAUGCGCCUGCACUCUUACAUUAAGGAAGGGAAGGCCUAUCCCGACGAAUUCAGGUACGGCCCGGGCCACCCGCCGCCUCCGAACCCACACCUACGCACAGCGAGUCGCGCAUCUGUCUCCAAUGGUGUCCAGGCCGUGGAUGCACAGGAAGCACAAGUUAAUGGCGGCAAUAGCACACCCAAUGUCUCAGGGUCGGAGCUCGACAAACUCUUCGCUAAGCUUCUUCCGAGUGCCUCAUCCACGCCGGUGCCUGAAGCAUCUGCAGCUGCACCGUCGGCACCGAGGAAGAUGUCGGUGCAAGACCUGUUCGCUGCUUUGGGAGGCCCACAAUUAUCGCAACCUACGCCUCCACCCGUGCCCCCGCCGUCGGCCCCUACACCCAACAGGGGUCUUGCCUUACUCGACUCAAUCUUCGCAUCCGCAACUCCCGGACAAGGCCCCUCGCAGUCGAUGCCCGGGCCCAGCCACACGCCUCAGGCGCCCCCCAUGGCACCCUCAAGCUCGCUUCCAGCCCAUCCUGAGGACAUUCAGAUCGUCUCACCGAAGCCGACGUCGAGUACCUUGCCACAGAUCCUCAAUCAGGACGUCAUCUCGUCCUUGCUCGGUUUCGACUCCAACUCCCGCGCUUCUUCUGCCGCACCCAGUUCUGCGGGUUCGAGGCGCUCGCGCUCGAAUCGGUACGAAGGCGACACGGAGUACAGCGAGGGCGAGAUAGCGUCCGUAUCUGAUUACUCGGCGACAAGCACGGCCCUCGACGUCGAUGCCGAUCCAGCGAUCCUGUCUGCGGGCUCGUCCUCUGGUUUGCCUCUGCUGGCUAUUCAGCACGCCGACACGAGGAGCGCGACAACUUCCUUUAGCGUGCAAGGGGACGUGACACCCCGCCAGACUAUACGAGGGAUCGGCCCCUUCUCGCCACCCUUGCAUCCACAGAGGCCCGUCUCGCGCUCAAGCACUCAGCAGCACCUUACACCAUCCCCCGCGGCUCUUCCGCCUACUACCAACGGACAUACCAAUGGCAUCAAUCAGUCCGAUUCCGCGUCGACGGUCACCGCCGCUAACUCUGCUCCCCAGCCACCAUCAGGGCCGCGCCAGCUCGUGCCCUUUGAGGCCGACUCGGAGUUGUGGCCCUAUCCGCGCGCACCGCUUGACGACCGCUCGCAGGAGGAUAUCGUCGAGCUCGACUUCACGGACACGCGUGCACUUAGCGACCCGGCGAUGUUCUCGAGCCGACUCAAGGAGAAGCAGAGUCAGGGCCCGGGAAAGGAAGGGAAGAAAAAGAAGACGCGCCAGGAGCGUGCGGCCGAGCGGGAUCGGAAGCGUGAGGAGAUCGAGCGCGGCUGGGACGACCCCGUUAAGGGCGAGGUCACCGUGGGGGUGCGGCCUCCUUCGACGGCGCCUGUGCCAGGGCCGAGCGAGACAGCGAAGGGGAAGCGCAAAGAGCGUGCAGUGAACGGCGUGGCAAAGGCUGCGCCCGCCACCAAUGGCCAUGUCUCAGAGGAAGUGACAGCGGGAGGAUUAUAUGUCAACGCUGCGCGGGACGCAGUCGUGGCGGCUGCAUCCAUCGGUCCAAAAGAACUGAGCAAAGAACUCCCAAAAAAUGAAUUCGUCAGGGAGUUGCUCGCCCUUAUUCAUACAGACAAAACUUUCGUAGACAAACUGUACCAGGACUAUCUCCACCACGCAGCUUAG